AUGGGCAAGAUCGCCAGCAAGAUCUGGUCGAAGGGUCUCCUGGGAGGCUUCGGGAUCCCGGAACUCUCCAAGCCCCUGGAGCCCUUGACCUUUUGGUCGCGAGCAGAUCUCAUCGAAGCUUAUCAGCACUUCCUGGAUGAUUGCAGCCAAACCUUGGACCGUCACGAGUUCACGGAUGUUUUUCAGUGCUUCUCCGACACCAUCAGCGCGGACGCAGCCUUUCAUGCAUUGCACCCGCGGAAGGGCAAGCUGGAUGGAAAUACGAUCUUUGGAGCCGUGGUGGCCACCUCCAACCAGACCUUCAUUUCCAAGGUCUCGUUGAUUUACAGCAUCUAUGAUAUGGAUGGUGAUGGAGCCUUAAACAAGGCGGAGUUCACCAUCGUCUUGCGAAGCUUGCUGCAUGGCCUGCGGCUCUUCUACAAUGAUGCGGUGAUGCCGAACGAUGCCGAGCUGGAGGUGGCGAUUGACGAGUGCUUCAAGAGGAUUGAUUGCGAUCGGUCCGGCUACAUCACGCUGGGUGAGUUCCUGGUGUAUGCCUAUCGAAACCGUGAGUUGCAGGAGAUGUUCGAAACGGUGACGACCGAGGACAUCCGGAUCUUUGAAGAUCCGGUACCCUUCAAGAGGCAACCUGCGAGUUCGGCAGGAGCCCGGGCGGACGCCGCCGCGUCGCCCGACGCGCGGCCGGAGUCUCGGGAGUCAGAGCCGGCGAUGCAGAAGCGGCCCUCCGAGCCGAUCGACGCCAUGCGGAAGCGGAACUCCUUGCACACGGAGGGCAGCCUCAAGCGCCACUCCCUGCAGGUGCCAGACGACGCGCCGCUCUCCGCGCGUGCGCCGCGGAGGCGGCACACGGGGGGCAUGGUCCGCCCCGUCAAGGCCGACGGACAAGGCACGUGGUGUGGGAGCGUCGCCUACGCCAAGUUGACGGGUAGGAAAAGAUCUAGCUCGCUUCGACCAGCACGGGUCUGGUCGCAGCCGCCAGAUGUGUCAAAAGCACAAGCCUGGAUGUUGUGGAAGUUCUUCCACCAUUUGAGUAAGCACAACUCUUGUGCCGACCUCGAUGUGGUCCUCGACUUCCUGAAGGAUCAGAUCGCGGUGAAGAAAGAAUUUCUGAUCAUUGCAGGGGUGGCCAAAUCGGAGGAAUUGCUGCAGAAUGAUGAUGCAAAGGAUUCAGACACCCCAAAGACGGAGGUGGCCUCAACCGUGGAGGUCAGCAUGCCAGCCACAUUAGCACACACCGACUUGUUGGCCGAAGUGGAGGCCUUGUCGGCGCAUUUCCAGCGGAUUCUGCUGGAUCCGCAGGCGGGAAUGGGCAACGUCUUGGUGGUGAUGUGGUGA